AUGGGUGUUACAGGAUGUAAAGUAGCUAUCAGUGAUGAAAAUGGACAAUAUGAUAGUCAAUAUUCAUUACAAAUUUCGACAACAACUCCAAAAAAAUACUUUUCAUCGAAUAAGAAAAGUAAAACCUAUGGAUUUAUAACAACAACUCCAAAACCUAGUUGGCAGAAUAUAAAUGUCGUUGAUACUUUUCAAGGUCUCAAUGUACCAACUACUUGUGUAACUGAUGUUAAUGCACAUGUAAUGACUGAAGCUGUAAUUCAAGGGGAUUCAUUAAUAGCAUAUAUUACUAUUGAAACAGUUAAACGUAUUGUUAUUGGUGGUGGAUUAUCAAAACGUAAAUGUUUAUUUAUACAUAUACGAAACUACGUUAAAACAAUACUAGAUGGUUUUUUAAAUCUAUCUGAAAUCACAAAAAAUACUGAUGAAUAUAUUAUUCCAUCAAAUCUUGGUGAUUUAAUUGAUAUUCAAUCAGCACUUGAUAUAACACAAUCUGUAGUGCAGAAAAAAAAAUUUUUUUUGAGUGUAUAA